AUGGCAGACAAAAGAAAAACUAAAAAGCGCAAAGAGGAGUUUGGAGAGCCAACUGAGUCGGAAAAGCCCACGAGCGAGGAGUACUCCGUUGCGAAAUGGUUGAAAGCUAACGUGCCUACCAAGAAGACUAAGUUCUUGAAUCAUCACGUGGAAUACUUCACUGGUGCAAAAGCAGUGGACGCGUUGCUCACCUCAAAAUGGGCGACAGGCAAAAAUCCAAUCUUCACAACGAGGCACGAUGUUACAGACUACCUACAUCAGAUGCUGUUACACAAAUUGUUCCAUAGAGCUAAAAAGGUUCCAGUAUCUGAACAAGAAUUGAAAGGCAAGAAGAAAAAAGACUUGGAGAAGUCAAGUAAAAGUGGAGAUGAGAAAGAUGGAGAAAAGAGUCAAGCCAGUGCUUGUGAAGGAAAGGACACUAAAGACGUGAAAGAGAAAGAAAAGAAGAAACGCAAAAUUCGUCUGGAGAUGCACAUGGAGCAGCUGUUCCUCGACACGCCGGACGCGUACGUGUGGAUCUACGACCCGAAGCCGUGGUACUACUGGCUCGCCGGCAUACUAGUCGUGUGCGGGACCAUCAUCGUCUGUAUGUUCCCGCUCUGGCCUGCCACUGUCAGAAAAGGCGUGUACUACCUAAGCAUCGCGGCGGCGGCGUUCCUGGUGCUGAUCAUCGCGCUGACGGUGGUGCGCGUAGUUGUGUUCUGUUGUGUGUGGCUGCUCACGCUGUCGCGCCACCACGUGUGGCUGCUGCCCAACCUCACCGAGGACGUUGGCUUCUUCGCAUCCUUCUGGCCGCUCUACAAGUACGAAUACCGCGGGCCGGGCUCUGUUAGCGACAAAUCAUCUAAAAACAAGAAGAAACGCAAAAAGGACAAAAACUCGGACGAUGAGAGUGAGAAAGCGCCUUUGUUGGAAGAGAAGUCAGAUGUUAUACCUAGUGGUGAACAAAACAACGCACAGGAAGAGCCUCUCGUUGACAUGAAGUCCGAACAAGACACAACGUCUCCCGCCGACAAACAUUCAGAGUCAGAAUCUGAGAACAGUCAGCGCUCGUCCACAGACAGAGAUUUCGAAAUCGUGGAGCAAGCUGAUGUUGAGCCGUACAAGGACGACGCGUAA